CCGCCUGAGGGCGGGAGGCGGGCGGCCAAGGCAGGCGCGUGCGCGCGCGGAGCGGCGGCUGGCGGAGCCGUUACGAUGUCGCGUUACGGCCGCUAUGGAGGCGAGACCAAGGUGUACGUGGGGAACCUGGGCACCGGCGCCGGCAAAGGCGAGCUGGAGAGAGCCUUCAGCUACUACGGGCCGCUGAGAACCGUGUGGAUCGCCAGGAACCCGCCGGGGUUCGCCUUUGUGGAGUUCGAAGACCCGAGGGAUGCUGAGGACGCCGUCCGUGGGCUCGAUGGGAAGGUGAUCUGUGGCUCCAGAGUAAGAGUGGAAGUGUCGACGGGGAUGCCCCGUCGCUCCCGUUAUGACAGGCCUCCUGCUCGGCGUCCCUUUGACCCUAAUGACAGAUGCUAUGAGUGUGGUGAGAAAGGCCACUAUGCUUAUGAUUGCCAUCGCUAUAGUCGCCGAAGGAGGAGCAGGUCCCGGUCUAGAUCCCGUUCCAGGUCCCGAGGAAGGAGGUAUUCUCGGUCACGCAGUCGAAGUCGUGGUAGGAGGUCCAGGUCUGCUUCCUAUCGUAGGUCCCGGUCCGUUUCUCCUCGUAGGUCUAGGUCUGUGUCUCCCCGACGGUCCCGAUCGGGCUCCUUGAAGAGAUCGAGGUCAAGAUCAAGAUCCAGGUCUAGAUCCAGAUCUGUUACAUGGCCCCGAAGCAGGUCUAGGUCUCAUGGCAGAUCUAAAUCCGGCUCGCCAGCUAAGAGUCGGUCAAAGUCCCGAUCACCAUCUCCAAAGAGAAGUCGUUCACCAUCAGGAAGCCCUCAAAGAAGUGCAAGUCCUGAAAGAAUGGAUUAAAGUUAUGAAUUUAACCUUGUAGGAAGAAAGUUAUUUUGCUUACAUUAUUAUAAGGGAUUUUGUGGUGUCUUUGUAAAUGUAAGAAUGUAGAUAGAAGAGUAUAUCAACUAAAAUUUGGCAUGAUCUGGGUCUUCUGAGUUAGUCGUACCAAUAGACUAGCGCAGGUCUCUUUUUAUUGUAUGAAUUAACUUCCUGUGAUAUGAAAAUGUGGGACUUUUUUAUUGGCACAUUGAAAUAAAAUGUGUAUUUUUAACUAAAACUUCUCUGUAGUAACCCUGCUGCUUCUGUUAACGUUUGGGCAAUUUUAGCUGUGUGCCAUGUAACACGGAUGGAACAUGUCCAAGUGGGAAUGACUAAUAGUAGUGUCUUCUCAGCCACUUUUCACGUUUGUUGUUGAAUGGUCUUUGGUGAAAGGAUCAGUUUCUGCUUUCUUUUAAAAUGGAAUUUGAAGUCCAUCUCCCCUGUCUGCAGAUGGUUAAAAAUUUGCAUAUGCCUUUUUUAUUCCUUUACGAUCUUUAACGGGCAUUCAUUUCUCUCCCUGAUCUAAUUAUUCUGCUAUGCUUACUCUGGUGCUUGACUAGUUGUAAUACCAGAUGCCCAAAAAUUUAACAAUGAGCUUUUGUUCAAAACACAUACUUUAAGUGAAUAACAUCUGCAGAAACAUCUAAACGUCAAUAACUUGAUAAUUGCUAAUUUGACUUCUUGCAUUUUUAGUUCUGUAGUCUUUUAGCGUAAUGAAAACUUCAUAGAGUGUCUCAAGGCACGUUUCCCUUUCUUGAGGGACGACGUUAGGUCGUCUGACCUACUUUCUGAAGGAACUUGGGAGCAUGUGUUUGAGAGACAAAAGAAAGUGCCGUGAGGCUUUCUACUGUUGGCUCAGGCUUUCCUCCUUCAAGUGAAAGAUCCUCACAGCUGACCUGAGGAGUGCUAGCCUGCUGCACAGAAAUUGGUAUGAUUUUAAAGCAGCCCAGAUCCUGGAGAAAAAUUUGUUGAAUUAAGCUAAUUUCUUACGGCAAAUACACACCUGCAGGAUUAAGGAUUUGUAUAUAGGUAUGUCGCUCUGUGUUUGUCCUCGUUCUGUAGUCAAGAAUUGCAUGGUAAGGCACUUUGUUGACACAGAUCACAGCAAAAGGCUGGAAACAACGUUAGACUGUGAGCAAACAAACUGUUGGUGGAGGGGGGGGAAAAAAGCUAAAAUAUUUUUUACUGUGAUGGGAGAUCUAUCAGAAACAAAUGGUGGCUUUGGCAGAAAAGGAAAAAGUGAAGAACUAAAGAAAAAAAUCUGUCUAAAGCACUGAAAUGGAAAAUGAGGCACCUCUGGGCUUUUAAUGAAAUCUGUAAUGCUGCUUUCAAUGUGUAAACCAUAACAGAGCAUCUUAAAUGCAAGAAAAUGCCAAAACUAACCUCGGUCACACCUUUGGUAACCCAUGUUUUCCAAAAGAAAAACCCUGUUUCCUGUGAAUAAUGACUUUAUGGAGCUUCUUCGGUGUAUGAGUAAAUAGUGCAGGUGCUGGCCGUUCCCUCACGUCGCAGCACUCUCUGGCCUUCACGCUUUGUCCUGGUGUUGUGGUGCUUGGUGUCCGCGUGGACACCGCUGCGGUGCUUAGCGGUGGGACCUUGUGUUUCGUUUGCUGGGUGCAAGGACUGAAAUUCUGGCAACAUCCCUAAAAUUCCACCAGGGGAGUGGUGGGGCGACGCACACGUUGCCCUGGAACGAUUUAGCAGAAAUACCCGAAGCCUGUGACUUGUGUUUGGGAUGCUUUUUGGUUGUGUAUUGCCCGCCCGGUUUAUGGAGUACCUGGUGAGAAGCACACGUACGCUGCUGCUCUGGAAUUUGAUCAGCUUUUUUUCUCUUCUGUAUUCAUAAGGCAAACCUACUCCGCAAUAAACCUGCAGACUGACAC